ACAACUAUUUUGUUUACUCUAAAUUUAAAAAAACGAAUCCCGCGCCUUAUCACUGACAUUAAUUUUUAGUCAGUGUGCAACUGCGAUAAUAGACGCACGUGUUUUAUAUUGAGCUGUAACAGUGUUGUGGAUUGCGAUAACGGUUUUCAGUUCCAUUUAAUUAAUUUAAAAGCCUGUAAAAUUGUUUGUGUUGUGAUUUGUGUUGUUUUGGAUAAAGUGCCUGCAACGGCACUUAAAGAUCGAGGAGGUUAUGCAGCAGAAGGCGCCCGGGGUGCCUAGUAACUUAAAACUCCAACAUCCACACACCGCUUCGUCGCAAAUUUUGCGUAGCAAGAACUUUACGGCGAAUUUCUUCAAAACAACAUUUAGCUACCGCAGCAAGGCGGUUACGCCUACAUCUUCCAGUACUGUCGAGAAAACUAUCAAAAUAGGCAGCGCGGAGACUAAGCCUGUAACUAGAAACAGGCCUAGGACAGUGCCUUUGGCCGAUACGACAAAUAAAGUUAAAGUCAAAAGGACUUUAGAUCGAAGCAAGUCUACUGGCCCGUACAUUGAUAGUCUGGCCGUCGAACCUGAACGACCCCUCAGGAACAAACUCACGACACCUGAUCCAGGUGGACCGAAACCCAUCAAAGAAAGUGGAAAAAAGAACGAAUCCAAAAGUUCUAAUGUGAUAUUACAAAUUGUGAAAAAGUCUGCCAAAACAUCAGCACCCAAGCUACCAGUAACAUCAAAUGACAGUAUCCUACCGCCGACUUUGAGACCGAAAACCGACAAAAACUUGAAACUUACGAAAAAUAUUAAUAAUAACGAUGUUUGGACAAAUCCCAAUGACAUCAAAGCUCCUCAAAGGAAGGUUCCACCAGUGCCUGUAAGAGGGCCAAGUCAGGGGAAACAGGAGUCUACUCUAAAAGGGGCUCCGUCAGUUUCGAGCCUCGACUCGAAGCACCACAAAGUUGCACCAUCACGCGACAAAGCAUUGAAAAUCUUUGGGUCGAAGGAGAAGUUACAUAAAGCUCAUAAGAAGAAGGACUUGGGGAAUAAUAAUGCAGUUUUAGAAGACCCUGAGCUAAGGGAAGGUUUGGAGUAUGAAGAUGGACAGGUUGGAGUGCACGCGUAUGGCAGUGCAGAGGAGCUGGGGUCGGUAGACGGGCGAGGCUCGCAGGAGUGCGUCAGUCUGCCCGUCACUCUGAAUGCCGAUCACAUGCCCGGCUUCCAGGAAGUGGAGCUCAGGCCUAGAGUACCAUCUGAGGCGUCGUUGGCAUCCGGGGUCCGGGAGAUUGAAUCACUAAGGAGAGAGCUGGAAGCUACAGUGAUGGAGCGAGCACAGCUGCAGGCCAGGGUUGAGGAGCUGUUGGAGAAGGUGACAGAAGCCGACCGGCUUCGAGGGGAAUUGGAAAGGAUGAAGAGCAUGGAAGCGGAGCGGUCGGCGGCGCUGGAGCGGCUGGCGGACGAGAACGGCGCGUUGCGCGCGCGGCUGCGCGGCGUCGCGCACUCGCCGCUCUCCGACAGCGAGAAGCGGCAGCUGCUGCUCGCGCCCGCGCCGCGCCGCAUGCACUCCUCCGCGCCCGCCUCCAUUGCGCUCGCUAAUGGUGAAGGCGACAGCGGUGAAGCCAGCACUCCGGAGUGGGACAAGCACUCGUCGUCGUCUCUGAGCGAGGUGUCGGUCGCGUGCCUGCAGGACCGCAUCCUGCAGAUGGAAGAGCACCAUUAUAGUACAAGCGAAGAACUGCAAGCAACACUAGCGGAACUGGCAGAUCUUCAGACACAGCUGGCUGAUGCUCACGCAGACAACGAGAGGCUGGCUGAUGAGAAGCAAGUGCUGCUCGAGUCGCUCUGCCGACAGACUGAGAAGCUUGAGGAUAGUCGCACUAAGGUGGACACAUUACAAGAGCUGCUACUUCGCGAAGGUGUGGAACCAGAGACGUUAGUUUCUGGAGAUGCCGACCAGCAGUUAUUUGCUGUCCUCAAGUUAUCUCAAGAAGAGCGCAGACAUCUGUUGACAAAACAGGAGCAGUUGGAAGCUGAGCUCAACCAAACGAAGACUGCCUUGGAAGAAAAGACCAAAGAAAACGAGACAUUGGCUGAGAGAAUACGUGUGUUAGAAGCGAGCGUAGAGCGAGCAGAAUCAGAGCGAAUGCGAUGCGAACACGAAGCGGACUCGGCACAGGAGCUCGCCGCCACUCGUCAGCAUCAGAUCGCCACGCUCACCGACCUGCUUGAUGCUGCUAAAGCUAAGUUAGAAGAACGAGCGGGUGUAGCGGAAGGGGCAGCGGAAGCGGAAGCGGCGGCGGCCGCAGCGCGUCGCGACGCGGAGGCGGCGGCGGCGCGGGCGCUGGCGCUGGCAGAGAGGCUGGCGCAUGCGCAGCGACAGCUAGACAGAGCUCACUCCGAUGCUAGGAAGAUGCAUGAUGAUGCUAUGGUGUCGCGAAACAACGCGAAGUCCACGAUAUCGGAGCUGGAAUUCCAGAUUGAACAGCUGCGACAGGAGAAGACCGCCAUGCAGGGGGAGAUGAAGACCUUACAGGAAAACGCUGAAGAGAUGCAGAUACAGGUGCAGAUGGCAUCAGACGAGAAGCUAUCGCUGAUGUCCCGCGCGGGCGAGGCGCUGGCGCGAGUGGCGGAGCUCGAGCGACAGCUGCAGGACGCCCGGGCACGACAUGCCCAGCUCACACGGGACCGCGAGAGAGAUGAAGCUGAAUGGAAGCAAUUCCAAAGCGAUCUUCUCAUGACGGUCCGUGUAGCCAACGACUUCAAAACCGAAGCCCAACGCGAACUAGAAAGAUUAGUCUCCGAGAACAAAGUCGCCAGAGACAGGAUACGACUUCUAGAAGACCAGAUGCACUCCCUCAAAGGUGUUGACAGGUCCGAAUCUAUGGAUAGCGUAUAUUCAGAUGAAAAUAUAUUAGACUCCAAGGAAUCUCUCUCGCAAACGAGCGAUGAUAUGAGUCCAUCUAAAGAGGUAUUCAAGAGUAUAAGAACUAGAUACCUGUCUAGAGUGCAUAGUGUUUCUGAACUGCCAACGAAAGACGUCAGUUUGAUAGACCAAGCAUUCUUCAGGUCUAAUAAUUCCAUAGAAGACAAAACCGAUGUUAACGACUUGUUAAAAGACCAAUUUAAAAUUGCAAUCGAAAAUGUCACCACAGACGAGACGAAUGACGACGAUAGCCCGAAAACACCUUCAGAUGAGUACCCGACUAGAGUGUUGGCUGAAACUGUCUUACCUCCUUUUAAAUCUAAGGAGUUGAAAAGACAAGAUGCAAUCGAUCUUUGUCGAGAUAUAAAUGAAAGUCCGCAAGCUGUAUCAGAAUUGCCAGUGAAGCCACCCAGAUUUAAGUACUUGAAGUCAGAUUCUGCUUUUGCUCCAAUACCGAGGCAACGCACAAUUUUUAGCACAAAUCUGGUAGGAACUUUUAAUGGCAAACCGAAGGCUUACAGUAUGGAUAAUCUUAAUACCAACGAAGAGUAUAAGGAGGCUUUAAACGAAGCUACAAGUAUAGAUUUACUUACUGCAAACACUCAAAGUGAAACGUCUCUUUUCACAGAAGGAUCUGACAGUGUAUUCCUUUCACCUUUUGAGAAAAAUAAUAACAAAGUCAAAUCUAUAUUCGAAACUAAUAAUGAUGUGAAAAAAGAUGUGCCUGUUGUCAAAGCCGAAGAAUUACUCCCCUUCCCAUAUCCUGAUGAUAUUAAGAAAGAACCAGUCGUUGAUUUGAUACAGCCUAAAAAGGAACUAUUGAGAGAUAUUCCCAUUGAUGAUAAUGUUGAAAGACAACUAAAAAUGGUGAAUGAAGAACUUAAACUCACGUUUAAGGCUGCCAUAGGUAGAAUAAUUGGCAAUAACAGAAUCAAGAAAAGAGCAUCAAUGUGUACAAAACUUUUAAGCGAGAACCAGAAUACAUCUGAACCGGAUUCUAAAAAUACAGAUACUACUGAUAACAGCAAUAACAUUGCUCCACCAAGCUUACCGAAAUUACUAGAAAACGAGCAGAAAGCUAAGCCUGACAUAAAAAUAACAGAUGUAGAUACCAAAGACGAUAACAGUGCACUAACUUCUAAUGUAAAUAUACCCAGUCCAGUACAGGAAAGUAGCAGUCCUUUUACAGAAGCUGUAAAAGAUGUUCCUCCUCCUGAACCUACAUCAGAGGUUCCUAUAGAUGAUAAUGUAAGCUAUCGUUUAACGAUAAACACUACAGACUUAGGUGACGAUACACCAAAGACAGUACCAGUGCAAACAAGUUCAAGUGAUAGUAGCCUUAAUACUAAAAGGACUGCCAAUACUUUCAGAACUUUCUUAGCGCCUAUAAAAUUAAGUAACGGAAAUAUUUCACAGACGUCUCCAAUUAUAAUAAGUCCAGUACUAAUACAGCCCGUGUUUUUCAAACCUCUUGCAACUCAAGAGACGCCGGUGGAACAAAAACAAGAGGCUAAAAAAGGAACGGUAUAUUACAGUGAUAUUGAUCAAGUUGCUGUUAAUAAAGAUGAUAAAGUUAAAGAUGAGACAUCUAGCGAAGAGAAUACUAAAAAGAAACCUCUUUACCAAAAGAAUGUUAAAGCAAAACCAUUACCUUUCCUAUCGUGGAAAACCUUUGGGUCUAACGAUAACUUGCCAGAAAACGAGACAGCAUCCUCCAAAGCGAGUAAACCUAAACCCUCACCAAUAGAAAUAUCAAAAAAUGUUAAUACUUUUUCAAAAUCACCUAUACCGCCAUUAGAACCAGUAAAAACAAAAGGCGUUGCUCCAAAAGUUCCAACAAAACCGUCAGUCCCUAGCCCAGGAGUUGGCAAGUUAUCUAAGAGCCCUCAAUGGUUGCAAGACAACAAAUAUUAUCAGCCCGUAGAAAGUGUGCCCUUUGUUAUAAACACAUCUCAAUCCGUAACACCCAAACCAGUAGAAAGCAGGAAAGAACCUACUACUACAAUAGCAAACGAUUUACCACAACCUGCACCAAGAAGAUAUUCAGAAACCCAAGAAAAUGUCUAUGAAGAAAUAGGUCCAGCGAUCUCCGAUAUAACCAAAGAUGAAAACAUAGCGGAUGAUGAAAAGAUUUCCAAUAAAAGACAGUCGUCAAGCGAGGAUUUUGAGUCGGUUCCUAGAGAAGAGCUUUUAAAAGUACCCAGAAGAAUUAAGAAACCAAAAACAAAUGAACGGUUAAUGAAGUCUAAAUCGCUGGACUUUGCUGAGCCCACAGACGCUGUGAAAGAGAUGUCCAGCAUUACCAAAUCGAUAAUAUCGUUGUCAAAAGCGCCGAGCGCGAAAGAUUUGCUAAAGAAACCUACAGGAGCUGUUGUAGAUAUAGUGCAAAGUAUAGAAAAGGCACCUACUGAUGUAGUUGCACCGAGGAAAUUAUCACUGCAACAUCCAACGUCUCCAAGUAUAGAUACUAAUACAGGUUCCUUGCCAAGAGAAAAGCCAUAUUGGAGGACUUUAGAACACAAACGGUUGUCGCACCCUCUGAGAUCGCUCAAAGAUCCUCCUCCUAGAAGACCGCUACCCAUACCACCACGGACAGAGGAGACUCCGCCCCCGCCGCCGCUGUUGACCAGCGCGUCGUUACAGGACAUCAUGGCCACCGCAGCUUCACAUAGAAGGACCAAAGGUGUAAGCCGACAAGACUCGCGUCUCUCAGUGAAGUCCCUUAUCGAAAGUAUAGAGAACGCGGCGAAGGCAGCUAAGCAACAGUCGCCUGCCACCACGCCAGUGGGAGAAUGGCCACAGCAAACAACAGUAGGUGUAACAACAACAUCGACGUCCAUUAAGAACGGUAUAGCCGAUGCCACAGCGGCUACCAACGGCAUGGGCGGCUCCGCGUUCUCGUCCAAGCCGCCCGCGGCAAGGGGCGCUAGGCCUUCGCCCAUUGCUAAUGAGGCGGCGCAGGCGAACAUGCCGGACGAGCAGCGGGCGCUGCACAGCCUGCAGCAGAAGGCCAUCGAGAGCUUCGUCAGGCGGAACAGCUAUGGAGAUAUAUGUGAAAGAAAGGACCCAUUGAAUGCCUUACAAGUGAAAAAUGGCGGGUCGAAACGCAAUGCGCUGCUCAAAUGGUGCCAGCAGAAGACUCUGGGAUACAACAACAUUGAUAUUACGAACUUUAGUUCAUCCUGGAACGACGGCAUGGCAAUAUGCGCUCUACUGCACUCGUACUUGGGCGACAGUCGCAUCGCGUACUCCACGCUGUCGCCGCACGACAAGCGGACCAACUUCUCCGUAGCCUUCGCUGCUGCCGAGUCUGUUGGCAUACCUACCACACUCAACAUUCAAGACAUGAUCCAACAAGAACGGCCCGACUGGCAGCAAGUGAUGGCGUACGUCACCAGCAUUUACAAGCACUUCGAGACGUAAACCAAUACCAACCUUAACACCAGGUGAUAGAGAACAAAUUACAUUACAUUACGUCUUAAUUAUAUGGAUAUAUACGAUAGAUGGCUCAUAGAUGGCGUUACAGAUAGUCUCAAUAAAUGUAAUAGGUAUAGAAAUUAGUAAAUAUGCCUUGGACAAAAAGUUAUUAUUAAAAUUUUCAAGCUUUCGUUAAAUAUAAUCCAUUCAAUUAAAGUUUAGUCAAAAAUAUUAUCGCUAUUCAACAAAAAAAAAACUAUAAAAAUAACCAGCCUUAUUGUAGCCUUUUCAAUAUUAAUCAAUAACCUAUAUGUGAUAGCGAACUUUAUUGGAAAACAUAUGUAAUUAAAUUAUAAGAAAGUAAACAACAUGUAAAAAUAUUUCUCAAAAGCUAGAUAUGUAGCCAAAUAUAAAGGCUAGUAAAUGUAGCUUAUUAAUAUAAUUCCAUCGAAAAUUUGGUUGUAAUACAUUCCUAAAAAAAUGCCUCAUAUUUUUGAACUGGAGAAACUUUUGUCUGGGAACAGAACGUCGUUUUAGGUCUUUUGAAAGAAGUAUGUGUACUAAGGAAGAGAUUUAGCGUGUAUGUGAUAGUGAAGUAGGAUUUUGAACCUUAAUUAUAAAGCUAUAGAGUUGCCUUGUGGUAAUAUUUCGGUCCAACUCGGCGACUAUGGGCGCCAGAAAGAUUUCAAGACCAGCUUAAAGUUUUUAACCGUGUAUAUGGUAAGAUAUUUAGUCUUCUUCACACAGAAGACCACAUUGAUGGACUGCCAAGCUGAUGGUGUCCCGUUCGAUUCCCGGUACGGUCAACAUUUGUGUGAUGAGCAUGCUUGUUGGCUGUGGCCUGGGUGUCAUUAUAUGUAUUUUACAAGUAUAUAAUGUAAAGUAUAUGUAGUUUAUCAGUAAGUAAGUGUAAACACCCAUGACACAAGCUAGAUAGCUUACCAUGGGGCUAAGCGACCGUGUAUGAAAGUGUCGCAAUAUUUCAUUCAAAUAAAUUUAAUACGUAUGGUCUCCUAAAUAAGGUUCAAAAUCGUAUAUCCAUUUGAAGCUAAGUAAAAGUGUGUGAUAGAAAAUUAAAAUGCCUUGUUUCGGCCUUAGGUUGUAUUGAGCCGUCUUUUCACGAUAAAGACUGAUUCAUUAGAUUGAUAGGAGGGUACCAUCUUAGUAAGGGAUACGACCAUUUAUAUAGUUUUAAUUUUAAAUAACAUUAAUAAUAUACGCCUUCUCGCUAGUGAUGAAAAAAAACUUGUAUGGUCUUUUCUAAGCUAAAUGUGCUGCUAAAUACUUGAAUAAGAAAAUGUAUGUAAAAAUCAGUAAUGAUAUAUAAAAAAAAUAACUUGAUAUGAAUGUGUAACCAAUAGUCAUGUUUCAGAAAUAAUCAAUAUAACGAUAAUAGGUCACAAGCGUUUAGAUUUUCAUAACCACGUAAUUUAUUCCAUAAAUGUAGGAAAAAUCAUAUUUUUGGCCGUGUACUAAGAAAUAUAUUCUCAAUACUUAUAUAGCCUUAGCGUCUGUACCCUGGGUCAUCCUGGCGCCCUAAGUAAUAUAAUAUUCAUCAUCCUCCGUGCCUUUUUCCCAACUAUGUUUGGGUCGGCUUCCAGUCUAACCGGAUGUAGCUGAGUACCAGCGCUUUACAAGGAGCUACUGCCGUAUCUGACCUCUUCAACCCAGUUAUCCGGGCAACCUGAUACCCGUUGAUUAGUCAGCGCCCUUAAUAAACUCUCAUAUAAUCUGAGUUGGUACAUUCUGGCGCCUUUAUGAACCUGGCGUCCUAUUCCAUUACCUACUUAUUGUGGUAUUUAAUUAAUGUGCAAAAUAAUAUAACUUAAUACAUACAAAGCUCCUUUGCACCGUAAUUAUCUUAUCCCUAUUUUUGCCUUUAACGUAGUUUACAUAUAUCUUCAUAAUAAUAUAAUAUGGCCUCUGAAUAUAAACGUGAUUGUCUAUUUAUACAUAUAUGUAGGUGAACGCUAGGCUUCUGAACGAUAUACGAGUAAGAUUCGGCUUUACGUACCUAAAAAGAGGGAAAGUGCAUUUAUGGAAUUGAAAAUAUUACUUAUUAUGUUUUGGUUUUCAUUCCAUACGGGAGUAUAGUUAUCGGCACGGAUAAUGAGCUCUCGGCAGAAGAGUGGGGAUCGCUUUGCGCACUGUACAUUUCUGGCAGUAAACCAAUAAAUCACUUCUGCGCAGGUGAAGGUCAGGGCUCAAUAUCCUUGCCGAUGAUUAUAACGGUAAGCAAUUUCAUUUUUGAAACACCUUAUUUGCGUAAUAUGAAAUUACCUUAUUGGUUUAUUGUCUAAAAUGUUAUAUAUUUGAAAGCAAUUUAAGGUAUAUUUUAUCUAUUCGUCUCAUUAUUUUUAUUUGACGUUUUAAACACACAGAAUAGCGUAAUUUUCUCUAUGUGGAAGCUAUAUCAUAGUCAAAGUAAUGCCUAUGAACAUUAUUAUACUAAAUACAUACUCGAACAAUUAUUGAAACCACAUGCUUAAAUUUAAAAAAGCAUAAGGUAGGCAAGCGCGGGAAACUUUUCAUCUAUUAGCAUUCUUAACCAAUAGAAUUUAAGCGUUGUACACAAACUUUGUCGCUAUUGGUUGAUAUAAUAAUGCCCGCAUUUCUAUUGGCUGAAUAAACAUUGAUUUUACUAUCUGGAUUAAUUUCAUAUCUAGUCCGAAACAUUGAGUAAAAAAAUACUCUUUAAAGUUACUUAAUUGGAAUUUUGGAAAAAUCCAGCAUUUUUAUUAAUUUGAGCAAAUCAAGAUCUUUUUUUUAGUAAAUUAUUUUAGCAUUUUGAUAUUGUGAGCGUUUCUUUGGCUGAAUGUUUAGUGUAUCAAGUGUUUCGUAUUUUGCACGGAGGAGGAAAGAUAGCGGAGAUGCCAUAAGGAAGGUAGGAAGGUCAGGCGACUUCUUGUAGGUCAAGCAACGUACUGUAGGCGUCAGUCAGAUCAGUCACUACAACUAACGAGAAGUUCGGGUGACUUGUCAAAGCAAAACCAAUCUGUCAAAGAUUGGUGAUUUUAUUUCGAAAAAUAAUGGACGAUUUUCAUAGAAGGCUAGUAACGUUCCUCGUCCCCCGAACACUGGCAUUUUGGCGCGCUACUUUCUUAAGACAUUUUGGGUUAUGACAUCUCUGCUAGUCAUUUUGUUCUCCAUGGUAUUUUAAAAAUGUGAUUUUUGUAUUGACAUCUUAUUAAUUGUGAAUCAAACAAGCAUUGUGUGAAACUUAAUAUUAUUGUUUGAAGUAAAUAUUUAUUGGAGGCUGUUAUGUACAGUGUGUUUGGUAACUAGAACAUUUUCGGUUGAUAUUAGAUUUAAACUACUUUGUAAACUCUGAUCCAAUUUUCGUGGCACAGAGUGAAAAUUUUAGGGAAAAAUUAUGGUUUGAAAUAAACUUUGAAAAAUGAUUUUUAUUAUUUUUCCUUUGUUUAAUUUUCAAAAAACUUUUCUAUAAAAUCGUUUGAUGUAUGGUUUACACUUUGUGUCAAGUAAUUUGGGUGCACUUUAGAUAUAAUUUACGUAACAUGCGCUGUGUUACAUUUCUGACUCGGUUGUUGAUGCUUAGUAGUUUAAUUAUUACAUAUUUUGAGAAACUUGUAUUUUUGUAAAUAUAGCUUUUAAAUAAAGUUCCUGAUUUAUUAUA